AUGUCUCAGCAAGCGGCUACGAACGCAGUGGCAGAUGCCAUGAGCAAUGUCCAGAACAAUCAUCAGGUUCCGUACGAUGGCAACUUUCAAAUGCCUCAGCAGCCUGGCGUGCCUAAUGGUAUUCCUGCUAUACGAGCGCCUCAAAACAAGGGAUUCUCUCUGAUCAUGACAGUACCACAGGCCAAUCAGCAGAACAGCGUCAAUGUCACCAACUCCCCGGCCUGA